AUGUUUCGUCAAGUACUCAUAGACGACCAAGACAUCCACCUUCAGCGCAUCGUCUGGUGCCCCACCGCCGGCCUGCCGCUGCAGCACUACGCCCUACGUACGGUCACUUACGGCACCGCUUGCGCACCAUACUUGGCCUUGCGCACGAUGAAACAGCUAAGCGACGACGAGGGCGAAAAGUUCCCGCUCGCACGAGAGGUUUUAAAUCAAGACCUUUACAUGGACGACUUCCUGAGCGGCGGCCAUGAUCUAGACACCACCAGGAAUAUCAGAGACCAACUCAUCGGCCUACUCGCUGCGGGCGGGUUCCACCUGCGCAAAUGGGUAGCCAACGACCCUGCUCUCCUCGAGGAGAUCCCCCCCGACGAUCGACUCCGGCCCAGCUGGGUACAGCUGUCUGCCGAGGGGCCGGUCAGAGAGCUCGGCGUAGCCUGGGACCCGGUGGAGGACAAUUUCAAAUUUGGCCCCGGUAGACCCGAGACAUCUCCCCGGCUCACCAAAAGGACAGCUCUGGCAGAACUUGCCGGGAUCUUUGACCCUGUCGGCUGGCUCACACCACUUACUCUCGUGGCCAAGCUCCUCAUCCAGGACAUGUGGCGAGCCAAGCUAGAUUGGGACGAGGAUCUGCCCAAGGUUUGGACCAACAAGUGGCUCACAUUUCGAACGAGCAUCCACGAAACGACGGGAUUUGCCAUCAGCCGCUGGAUUAGCCAUUUCCCCGACCAGGAGCUCCAGCUCCAUGCAUUCUCAGAUGCAAGUCGCCGAGCUUUAGCCGCCGUGGUCUACUCUCGAGCGGCUGAGGACGGCGGGCGGGGAUUCACGACCAUCAUCGGCGCCAAGUCCAAGCUGGCUUCGAUCAAGAGCCUUAUGCCGGCUUCCGAAAGACGCACCAGAAUGACGAUCCCACGCCUGGAACUAAGAGCCACGCUCAUCGCGGCGCAGCUCUUAAGAAACGCCGCAGCUGCCCUCUCCGUUCCACUGACGAGCUGCCAUCUGUGGAGCGACUCCCAGGUGACUCUUCACUGGCUUCGCUCGGACAGUCCAGUCGGUCAUGACCUCAUCGACAACUACGUGGCACACAUUCAGGAACUCGCCGAAGGAAUUGCCUUCCAUCACGUGCCAACCGACUGCAAUCCCGCUGACGUCGCCACCCGCGGGACAGACGCCACCCAGUUGGCUCACCACCCUCUCUGGUGGAAAGGUCCCGCCUGGCUCCCUCGUCCGACGAGCGAGUGGCCCAAGGAGGAGGAAACAGUCCCUCUCGCGACCACGUCGCCAUGCCUCAUCGCAGCUUGUACGAAGAUCACUACCGAAACGGACUACAUUGAGAGGUUCUCGUCGCUGGGCGCUCUCCUGAGAGGCACGGCCCGGACCAUUCGCAUCCUGAGAUGCCAAGAAAACCUUCUCGCACCGGUUGCCGCCAAUGAGCUCCGGCAUGCCUUUGUCGUCUGCGCCAAGAUCUCGCAGCGUAGACAUUUCGCCGAAGAGUUAGCUCGUCUCAGUAAAGACGGCUCUCUGCAAGGAUGCCACCAACUCAAGUCGCUGGAGCCUUUCAUGGAUGUCGACGGGGCAGUUCGAGUCGGGGGACGGCUCGCUCGGUCGCCUCUGCCUUUCGACGAGAGACACCCAAUACUACUCCACGGGAAGUCCGCCUUCGCUCAGCUCGUUAUCCGCUGGGCCCACGAGCGCUGCCUCCACGGGGGCUUCCGAGCGACCUACUCUCGCGCCCUCCAACGAGCUUGGAUCACCGGAGCUCGGGUCCGCAUCAAGAAGUUCAUACACCACUGCACACUCUGUGCUCGACUGACUGCACGCCCUGCCUCCCAACAAAUGGCCGCUCUACCACCGGCCAGAGUCACCCCCGCUCGACCAUUCUCCAAGUGCGGGGUUGACUACGCCGGGCCGUUCUCCAUGUGCCGCAACAAAGGGAGAGGUGCUGCCACGUUGAAAGGUUACGUUGCGCUAUUUGUGUGCCUCUGCACAAAGGCAGUGCACCUGGAGCUCGUCAGCGACCUCACCACAGCCAGUUUUCUAGGAGCUUUCACUCGGUUUGUCGGAAGGCGUGGGAGACCAGCUGAAGUUUGGAGCGACAAUGGCACCAACUUUCGAGGAGCUGCAUUGGAGCUGAGACGUCUGCUCCGAGAGGCCGAAAUCGACUGGGGCGUCGUCGAGGGCGAACUCGCCAAGGACGGAACUUCGUGGAAAUUCAUUCCGCCCUCGGCACCGCACUUCGGGGGGCUGUGGGAGGCCGGUGUCAAGUCAAUGAAGAGACACUUGAUGCGGGUGGCCUCUCCUCGCCGCCUCACUUACGAGGAGCUCACCACUCUUCUAGUUUCCAUCGAAGCUACUCUGAACAGCCGCCCGCUCAUUCCACCUGCUGGUGACCUCGGUGACAUCGAGGCCCUCACUCCUAGUCACUUCCUCAUCGGAACUUCAGCCACCUCUUAUCCCCAGACUAGCAGUGCCAACCAGCCCCUAGAUAGAGCUAGUCAUUGGGAGCUCGUCCAGGCCAUGAGGAGCCACUUCUGGACCCGCUGGAGUCGGGAGUACCUGAAUACACUCCUCCAGAGGUCAAAGUGGAAAUCUCCUCAGCCCAACCUCGAAGUCGGGGAUUUUGUCAUCCUCCUUGACCCCACUCUGCUUCGACCGGACGGCCGAUGGCCUCUUGGCCGCGUGACGGCCACCAUGCCUGGAUCGGACGGCCUCGUAAGAGCGGUCACCGUUAAAACCGCCACUGGCGAGUAUACUCGACCCAUCGUAAAGAUCGCUCGGCUACCUGUCCAAGACACUUCCAGCUCGUCGACAGCAGCAGCCCCAUCAAAUGAAGUCGUUCCCGGAACGAGGCGGGCGGGAUGUUUGGAACAAGGGCGCAUCCAGCGCCCUGUUGCUACCGACGUUCGACAGGACCGAUCGCUGACGCCUUAG